AUGCAGCGGGGUCUAUCCGUCGACAUCUUUCCGCUCUGCACCUCCGCGAUGCCCGUGUUGAAGGCCCUGCCAAACGUACGGCCUCCUCUGCGCGCCCCAGGUGGAGGCGGGGGGCCAGGCUUGCAAGCGGCCGAGUCGCACAUCAAGGACCUCAGCCCCAAGGACCUGAAGAGGUUCGUGCAGCAGCGAGGCUGGGGGGCAGCCUCCGGGGGGGACGUCGAACUCUCCGGCAGAGGGCGCACUCAUGCCGUCAUCCAGGCGCAGGUGCUGGCAAAGCUCCGCGCGGAGGCGGCGGAGAAGCUCGAGGCCGAUCACCACGCGCCGUGGCCGACGGUGGUGGCGAGCGACGGGAGCUCCAACUUCGCGACCAGCGAGGACCUCGAGCCGUGGCACUGCACUGGGUGGGAGGUGGCCGCGGACGCCUCCGAGGACGUGUGCGCUCGUCUCGGUACGACGCUGCUAGGGCGGCUCUCGGCGAGGAGCAGCGCGGCGGGGAGGCGGCUUCCUUCAAGGCGCACUCGCUGGGCGAACUUCGACCUCGAGCUGCGGCCCGAUGUGUGCUACCGCGCCCGGCUUGUGGGCGGCGAGCCGUGCGUGGCCAUCUUGGUGUCCCACGCUGCCAAGCUGCCGCCAGAGCUCAACCUCGCGGAGCUGUGUGGCGGCGUCCCCGAGCGCAUCGACGGCCUGGAGGUAAUUUCCCAGCCCCAUCGCAUGGGCGGCCGCGUCGUCGGCUUCGCAGGCCGCCUCGGCGACAUUCGACACGAGCUGCUGGCGCUGGACCUGAGCAAGGCGGCGCGGGAGGCGAUCGUCGCCGCCCCAGCGCAUGAGCCGUGCUGGAGGGUGAAGGUGCAGAGGACCAGCAGCGUCUUGACAUUCCUCGGGUCGAAGCUCCAACCGCGCCUCACUAGCGGCAACGUCGAGAUGCUCGACCGCGCGCGGGGCAUCCCCUCGGGCAGCCAGGUUGGCCAGGAUUCCAUCCUGCAGCCCAAGGAGCGGCGGCACCUGAUCGACUUGGAGUUGCAGAACAUUGCGGAUACUGCGCCGGCUGUCGCGGGCAAAUUGUUCCCGUCCUCUCCCUUGCGCCUGAGCUCAGACGCGCAGGGCGCCCUGUCCAGCUGCUUCACCACCUUCCGGGCCCCAGGCUGCUGGGUGGGAAACAGGAAGGCAACGUCGAACAGCGGCAAGGAUAUCUGGGCGAGCCUCGAGCGGCACGGCUUAUACCGCCUCAGCUCUGGCCUCGGGCAGGACGUCAAGGUGUGUGGCUUCUUGCUCGGUGAGGCAAAGGGCAACAAAAACGAGUUCGCCAAAGCCGAGGCAGCCUUCUCGGGCGUGUGCGAUCUCCUGACAAAGGUGGGCCUUCGUGUCGCCAGGGGGCCGCCAGUCGCGACGCGCUCCGUGGACUCCGCCAUCGAGGCUGCCGCACAGCAGGGGGCUCAGGCAGUGCUCUUCUUCGGCGGUCGCGGCUCGUCGGGCCUGUACCACCAGGCCAAGUCCGCGUGCAUGGUGAGCAAGGCGCCGAGGCUCGCCCAUCUGGCCUCGCAGUGGAUCGACGUGUCCAAGAAGGAGGCGAGCAGGCCGGCGCUGCAGAAUAUCGUCUUACAGCUGGCCGCGAAGCUUGGGCACACGCCCUACGUGCUGCAGAGCGACCCCAAGGCUCAGCGCAACCCCGUGCUAUGCGGUGUGGAUGUCUGUCACUUGUGGGAUCCGCGCCAAAAGCAAAUGGUGCACGUGAUCGCUGGGCUGCAGUUGCGGCUGAUGGACGGUGAGCUUGAAGACAAUUGGGUGUGCCAGGGGCGCAUUAACGGGGAGAGCAUACCCCCGUCGGUGUGGAAAGCGGUGCUCACCAAAAAGGCCUGCAAGGGCCGCGAGGUCGUAGUCCAUCGCGAUGGGCGUUUCACCACCACGGAACUGCAAUUCCUCGCGGAGCACGCUAAGGAGGUCCAGGCCAGUGGCCCGUUCGGCCUCGUAGAGAUCGUGAAGUUUGCUGGGGGCACGCCGCGAAUGUACGCGGGCAGCGCCAACCGGAUGCUCGCCUCGCUCCUGGUGGCUGCGGCGUCCGCGUGCAGCCGGCGGGCGCCUGCUGCCUCCCUUGCUGGGGCCGGCGCCCCUCUGGGCAGCGCGGCGCCUGGGCCCGCGGUGCAGACCGUCAACGUGCACCUGACCCCUUGCGGGGCCGGCGGCUCGCCGGCCGGCGCGGCCCCUGGCGCGGGCCCUGCGACCCGGGACGUGGGUACGCAGACGGAACCCGUGGAGCCGGCGCCCCGCCCGACUCCGGCCGCCCCGCUCCGUGCGCCCCGGGCGGCGCGCGCCGAGGCCUGGGCCUACGCGGUCUGGGCGAGCCCGGCUGCCCCGGACCUCGUGGGGGUCCACUGCGGCGCUCGGCGGGCUUGGGACGCCAUCGCCGGGCGGAUCGGCGGGUACCGCUCCUUCCGCGGCGACCGCCUGCGCCGCUUCGCCUCGGAGGACGAGGCGAUUGCUGGCUACCUUGCCGAGGAGGAGAACGCGUUCGACACUGGCGAGGAGGAGGACGAGGACCCCAGCGCCUGGUUUGGGCAUGCCACGCCCCAGAACGUGGCGGCCGCGGCGUUGCUGCCCGCCCCUGCUGCUGGAGGGAUCGCCGGGGAGUUCGGGUUCCUCACGCUGAAGGACGGCGUCGACUCGGACUACGAGGUCACGGUGGCGGCGCUGCGAGUGCGAGCCGACGCCCUCUCGACCGUGGCGGUGGUGCCCUCGGGCCGGCCCGACACUGCCUACGAAGCGAUGCAUCUGCCGGCCUGGGAUCGCGUCGGGUCGCCUUUGGACGGCCAGCUGCUGUCGGCCGAGAUCAUGGAGGCCCCGAGCGCCUUGGUGAGGCGCUUCUCCCCCGCGCCCCCUGCCGAGGGCGAGGUCUACGCCUUCCACGACUAUGGAGCCUGCGGCCGCGAGGAGCAGUUGAUGGCCCUGCUGGCCCAGCAGGCGUCAUUGAUGGGGGCCCUGGCUCAGAGCGGCGGUCGCCAACCAGACGCACUGUCGCUCCUGGCGGACGGCGGGCGCGACGACGGGCUUGGCGAGAGCACUGGCAUGCGACUUGGCGGCGCGCGCGGCGCUGCCGCCCUGGAGCUGUUCCGACGCCAGGUCCAGAGCAGCCCCCAGACCGUCUCCGCCAUGGUCCGGCGGAAUCGCCAGCUUAACAUGACGGGUGCCGCGAGCGAGGAGGGCAUGAGCGACUCCACGCGGAACUACUUCGCUCGCAACGUCCCGUUCGGGCAGGCGAGGUCGUCGGCCUUCCUGGUGUUCGGCAUGGCGGAGGUGUUCGACCUGAUGGAGCGCGGCUUGUGGCGCGCCGCCGAGGCUCAGCUGGCGCUCCUCCUCUGCGCGUCGGAGCAGGCGGCCCUGAGGGAAUGGCGCUGGACGUCAGCCUGGCUGCUGACUCACCUGCCCGAGCCGCCCUGGAUUUCGAUCCGCCAGGCGCCGGCGCGCGGGCAGAUCCGCCCCAUGUCCCGCUUGGCCUCGCCCGAGUGGGUCGCGGCAGCGAUCGGCUACACCAAGGACGCGCUGGCCCUCGAGGACGCGGAGCGAAAGCUGGCGCCGGCCGCGGCACCGAAGGCCGAGGAGGGCGGAGGAAAGGGGGGGGGCUCGAAGCGCCAAGGCAAGUUCGCUGGCGCGCCCCCUCACGAGAGGCUGGUGGGCGGCAGCAAUUCGCUGGACGUGGGCAUCCGCUGGGGUUUUGGCCUGAUCCUCCGCUUGCGCGGGCUCCGCACGGCCUUCGGCGCCUUCGUCCGCUCCUCCAUGCACGCCGCUGGGUUCCAGGAGGUUGCGACUCCUGCCGCCGGUCUGCUGCCCUGCCCCCCGCCCUUCGGGUGGGCUGCUGGUACCCCCCCGCGGGGGGUGCGCGGUCGCAGGCGAUGGCUUCGCACUCGCGUCGAGCACAUGUGGGUCAACGCCGUCGUCCUCGCGCUCUCCCACCUGCACCUGGGCGAGUCGCGGAGCUGCCCGCCGCGCGCCCGCGGGGGGAGGCCUCUCAGUUCGUCUCAGUCCGAGAUGGUGUCCAGGCUGAGUAGGCUUGUGCGACCGAUGUGCCGGCUCCUGCAAUGGCACGGUGGCCGCGUGGAGAAGGCCGACGCUCUGCUCGACUAUCUCCUAAAUGCGAUGCAGCUCCCCUUGGGCGCCGUGGCGCCCUCUCCUGACUGCGAGGUGACGACCAUCGACCCGAGCAAGGCUCCCUUCGCCAAGGCCGAGUGCCACUUCGACCCCCUGGCGUUCUUGGCCCCGUUUUCCGCCGCCACGUUCUUGGAGCCGCGGCUGCUGGCGCGGGAUGGGCCGGGCGUCGGCCCUCUGGCGCGCGCGGUCGGGCCCCCGACCCAGCCCGCUCCGGCGAGGCCGGCCCGCCAGGCGGGCAAGCCUGGCGACCUCCUCCAGUGCCUGAAGCAGUGGGAUGACGUGGGGCGACUGGAGCUGGUCGACGCGGCCGACUCCCCGCAGGCCCUGCGAGGCACCCUGUUUCCCGUGUUCAAGGACGCCAACGCGCAGAGGGUCGUCUUCAAUCGCAUCGCUCGCAACUCGGCUGAGUUGCCGCUGGGCGGCUUCUCCAGACUGACCCCGAGCGCCGCCGUGCUGGUGGACCUGGAGGUGCCUGCUGGCUUCGUCCUGCGCGUCUGGGCGGACGACCUCCAGGACUUCUACCCCGCCUUGGACUGCACUUACGACAUGGCUUGCACCAACGACGUGGCGCUCCCCCUCCCGACGAGGCUCUACGAGGGCUUCGCAGCGCUGGGCCGGCUUCGGGGGCGCUGCCGUCGCGAGGGCCGCAAGCUCCCCGAGAAGGUGGUUCCCGGCCAUAGCGGCCUGAUCAUGGGGGGCCUGAACGCGCCCGACUGGGCGUGCGAGUCCCACAUGCGGCUGCUCGCCCACGCUCGCAGCUUACCCCCAGAGCGGCGGGUGCUGAACCGCCACCUCGCCCCCGAGGGGUCUGCCUGGGAGGGCGUCGUGCUGGGCGACCACUUCGGCCUGGCUGUCGACGCUCCGGGCUCGCGGGAAGCUCGGCGAGCUAUCGAGGAGUCCUUCGCCCGCGCGCGCGAGGGCUAUGCUAAGGCUGGCCUCAGGGUCAGCGCUGGCAAUGAGGUGAAGGACGCGGCGGAGGCGACGGUCAUCGGGGCAGAGCUCCUGGGCCGCGACCGGCUCGUCGGCGCCUCCCGCACCCGCAGGCUGGCGCUGGCCUGGAUGGGCCUGUCCAUGGCCCGGGGCCGACGCUCCACUACGCUGGGGCUGCAGAGGUUCCUUGGCAUGGGGCUUUUUGCCGCGCUGUUCCGGCGGCCGACCCUGUCGCUCCUCCACCACUGCUUCAAGGAGGUCGACGUCGGCCGCGACCCGCACGAGGUGUUCGACCUGAGCAGCGCGGCCUGCAACGAGUGCGCCCUGUUCGCGGUUCUCCUCCCGCUGAUGGCCACCGACCUCUCCGCGGGCUGGGGGCCGCACGUUCUGGCCUCGGACGCCUCGCACUUGGCCGGGGCGUCCGUCAGGACGCUGGCCUCGGCGCCCACCGCCAGAGCUUUCUGGCGCCAGCGCGGGCAGCGAGGCGCUCGUGCGUGGCUGUACCCCUCAGGCUGGGCUGCCCUGGCCAAACCCGAGGACGGCGCCGUCCUGCAGGACCUGGAGGAGGAUGCCGCACCUCCCCCUGGCGUCGUCGACCCGACGGCCUCGCUCAUCGAGUACUUCGACGUGCUGGAGCUCUGCUGCGGGGAGGAGGCCCGCCUCAUGGGCUACCUCUCGGGCCGGGGCCUGCGCGCGGGCCCGAGGAUAGACAUCAAGUGCCGCAAGUACUGGGACCUGGUCGACUCGCGCCUGGCGGAGUGGGUAGGAUGGCUUAUCUGGCAGAGGCGCGUCAAGAUGACCAUAUCGCAGGUUCCAUGCACCAGCUUCUCGAUCGCGAGGCACCCGAGGCUCAGGUCCAGGAUGCGGCCCUGGGGAUUCGACCCAUCUUCGACCCCGACGCGUCUGGGGAACGUCCUCUUCAGGGUGGGCAUGCUGGCGCUGUUCGCCCACCUGAUCUCGGGCCACGGUGCCGGCCUGCACGAGCAUCCCCUGACGGCCUACUCCUGGUGCACGCACAUCGUCGAGUUCCUGCUGACGCACGAGGUCGUGGACCGCUUCGACCUCUCGAUGUGCCAGUUCGGCGCGCCCUGGAAGAAGGACACUAGGCGGCCUGACUCCCAAAGCCGCGCUGCGCUCUACCCGCGCGGCUUCUGCGACGAGCUGUCCAAGCUGAUGGCCGACGACCUGGACGGGCCGACUCCGCCGCCACCGGCGGAGAGUUCGGCGCCCGCUGGAGCGUUCGAGGCCCUCUGGCUGAACGACUACGUCGGCUUCGCUCCCUGGCAGCUCCAUUGCCACCGCCUUUUCCGCAAGCCCCUCCACAUCAACUUGCUGGAGAUCGACGCGGCCUGCGACGCGGUGGGCGAGCAGGGCCUACGGUUCCCUGAUUGCAAGCACAACCUCCUCCUGGACUCCCGCGUCUCGAUCGGGGCUAUCAGCAAGGGCCGCUCCUCAUCGACUGCGAUCAACAAGCGCUUGAGAAGGACGGCCCCGUUGCAGCUGGCCACGGGCUCGUACGUCGGAUGCCACUUCGCGCCGACGCGCCUGCAGCCGGCCGACGCCCCGUCGCGCGCGCGCCGCGACCCGGCGAGCGCUCUGGCCCGCGGGGCCGAGGCUCCGCCUCCCGCUCCGUGCUGGCUGGCCGGCCUCGAGGCCGGGGACGCCUCAGCCUUCCGCGCUUGGGCUGCGCUCCCGCUGCCGCGCUGGCAGCAGUCGCGGUGGGCUUGGCUGGUGGCGUGCCUCUGGUGGCGCGGGCUCCUGCGGCUCGCCCCUCGACCGCGGGUGCGCGACCCCGCGCUGGGCUUCCCGGGCGAGGGCCCGCGCGGCGGAGGCGGCUUGCCGAGGAGGCCCCCCAUGGAGCUCCAGCACUGGCUGGCGGGCUGCGGCGGGCCCAGCUGGGACCUGUUCAUCCUGAUGGACCCAGCUACGGUGGCUCGCUACCUGGCUAAGCACGGCCAGUUUUUGUACGACACGAUGCGGGGCCGCCACGACUACGACGAGACGAUGAAUGCUGUGGUGGACGCAAAUCGUGCCCUCCGACACCGGCUCGACGCUGCGUGGGACAUCUCCUUCACGUGGAAGCACCUGGCGCCUGGCUCGAACCACCAGGCGAUGCCGGAGGCGCUGCUGCUCGCUUCUGUGAGCUUGGCACUGGCGUGGGGCUGGUGCGACGUCGCCGGCUGCCUGCUCCUCGGCUUCUUCGGCAUGAUGAGGCCCUUCGAGUUCCUGAGGCUGAGAUUCGGGGACCUUGUGCUCCCCUCGCGGACGUUAGAGCGUCUGCAAUCAAUGUAUGUGCACGUUGGCGCGCCCAAAAUGAGACGCCUAGGGGCCGCGUUUUGGUAUAGGCUCACAGAUUCGCCAGACUGGCUUCGCUACAGGGGCAGGUGGCUCUCCAGUGGGAUGCUAGAGAUUUUCAUCCAGGAUGUCGGGGCUAGUACGCUCCUCGCGGACGUCCCGAGUCCCAAAGUCCGGCUUUUCGCCGAGGCUGCCGGGCCCGGAACGGCUCCCAGCUUGUCGAUAGAUGUGGCAGCGGAGGACAUUUUCCGGCUCAGUUGCGUGUCUUACGGCAGUCUCUACUCCGCCCCGCGGCUUCCUGUCACCACGAGGACUGCCGAUAAGGCCGCCUACUUCCAUGCUACCGCAGACGUGCACAAAACCCAGCAGGGUCAGCGCGCGAAGGUCCAAGAGGAGCAGGCGAUAUUCAGCCAGGGCAGGCAACAGUACUGGCUCUGA